AUGAGUGAUUCAGACGAUCAAGAGGAGAGAGAUAACUUGGCCGCGAGAGAGAUCGCGCUGGCCGAACAACGCGAAGGCCCUCCGGAUCCGAACGUCGCGCACAACCGCGCCAAUGAUGAGAUGCCGAGAGACGGAGCGCGAAACAAUGAGGAAGUAAUGGGAGAUUUCGAUUCAAAUCCAACACUGCUAAUAAAUCGGAAUCCCAUCCAGCCGCCACUUCCUGAAGGAAGGAGCUAUGAGAUUUCACCAGAGAUCAUUGCUUUGGUGAAACAAAACCAGUUCCAAGCAGUGUUUUGA